AUGCUGCUCGCGGUCUCGCUGCGGGGAUCCGUCGCGCAGCUCGCGGGCGCGCUGCUGGGGCCCGUCUCGCUGCGCGCGAAGAUGCCGUUGGAGUCUGUCCUGCUGCUGGCGGACGUGCUGCUUGAGUCCGUCCUGCUGCUCGCGGUCGCGUUGCCGGCGAACGUUGCGCUGCUCCCAGUGUUUUUGCUAGAGACCGUCGCGUUGCUCGCGGGCGCGCCGAUGGAAUCCGUCGCGCUGCUCGUGGACACUCGGCCAGUGCCCGUCGCGCUGCGAGCAGAUGCCGUGACCAGGGGCGGCCCGGCCGCCGCCGCAACGCCUGGCGGGGCCGCCGGCCACGCGCCGCGGGCCGCCGCGGCCGUCAGCGCGCCCGCGCGUGCCGCCCCGGCCGCCGCGGCCACGGAGGCGGCGGCCGCGGCGGCAGCAGGGGCCGCGGCGGAGCCGGCAGCAGCGGCGGAGCCCCCCGCGGCGGCCGCGCGCAGGGGGCCGCUGCAGCUGCGGCGCGGGCCGAGGCGCGGGCGCCGGCGACGCGAG